AGAGAGAGAGAGAGAGAGAGAGAGAGAGAGAGAGAGAGAGAGAGAGAGAGAGAGAGAGAGAGAAGCGAGGCAUACAGAAGCAGAAAGAAGGGACGCUGUUGAUCAAUUCACCCACGGGGAAUGUUGUUGUGGUUUUUUUUUUCCUCUUCCUUUUUUACCGACCCGAGUAGUCAUCACUAACGGGGAAUUAGGGACUAUUUCUCCGCCAAAGUAGGAAGGGCAACGUGUCCGACCGUUCUUUUUUUUCUUUUUUUAAUUGCUUCCAAAAUCUUCCCCUCUCUCUCUCCCUUUGACAUUUUUUUCUCACGAGCCUCUCCCCCCUCUGCCGGCUGCUCGCGAGGAAGGAGCGCCCGCACCCCGCCGGGGAGCUGUCCGGUGCUGAAGUUGAAUCCCCCCCUCACCCCCCUUCUCUCUCUCUCUCUCUCUGCACACGGACUAAAGCAGAAGAAUAAGGAGGCAAACAUAACCACGCGCUUGCUCCUGGAGACGUUCUUCCUCCGGAGUGUUUCUGGUGAACCAGCACGCUGGCCAGGCCGUCGGGAAACGGCUGCGUUUGUGAGCGUGUGUCGAGCAGUCGCACCACCAUGCCAAGGUCCUUCCUGGUGAAAAGGUGAAACCAGUAUGAUUUCGCCGGAGCAGAUUUGGAGAACGUGUACCGGCACAGGACAGACCUCAGCCUGCGGCUGCAUGACAAAGCCAGAUACAUCAGCGACUACAUCAGCCCAGUUGCGUACGAUGGCGAGAGCGACGGCGGGAUCAAAGUGCCCUCCCCGGACCCCCUUUACGACGGCAUCCACAGCGACUACGGGGCCCCUGACUCCGAGUCGCCCGACAGCCCCGGCUCGGAGACCACCGACGGCUACAUUAACGGAGACGCCGCCGUGAGCGAGGGCUACACGGUCGAUGCCUUCUUCAUCACCGACGGCCGCUCCAGGAGGAAAGCUAUCAGCAGCCCCAGGGCCAUCCAGAGGCACACCUGCAACGAAUGCGGCAAGACCUACGCCACGUCUUCCAACCUGAGCCGGCACAAACAGACACACCGCUCGCUGGACAGCAAGCUGGCGAAGAAAUGUCCCACGUGCGGUAAGGUGUACGUGUCCAUGCCCGCCAUGGCCAUGCACCUGCUCACGCACGACCUCAAGCACAAGUGCGACGUGUGCGGCAAGGCGUUCAGCCGGCCGUGGCUUUUACAGGGCCACAUGCGCUCUCACACGGGUGAGAAGCCCUUCGGCUGCGCCCAGUGCGGGAAGGCCUUCGCCGACCGCUCCAACCUGCGCGCUCACAUGCAGACCCACUCGGCCUUCAAGCAUUACAAGUGCAAACGCUGCAACAAGACCUUCGCGCUCAAAAGUUACCUGAACAAGCACUACGAGUCCGCCUGUUUCAAAGGCCCCUUCUCUCCCCUCGGCCCCCUAGAUGCAUGACCCCCCCCACCCGCCCCCCCGCUCCCGGCAUAGAUGGAACAACAAACAAAACUGCAGACAUAAAUUACCAUUAUCCUUACAGACGGAACUGCAGUGUCACAAACAAUCUAUUUUUGGUCUGAACGUGACCUUGCCCCUCCCCCUCUGUCUCUCGCCGACACCCCCACCCCCCACACCUUGCUUUUCCCUCGGAGCCUGUUCGUGGUGAUGACGAUAGCACAAUUUUUUCUCCUUGAGAUUUGUCCACUUAAGGAUUUAACUGAUCAACGCAUGCACUUCCUCAAAAACUCACCACCUCCUCCCUUCGCUGUCCGUGCUGGAUGGAGACAAUAACUACACAGCUUCCUUCUGGCAUUUACAGUACGGCAUCAUAUUUUCUGGGACACUGAUCAUGAUGACGAUGACGACAAAGACAAUAGUAGGCCUAUAGCUACUGGGUUCCUCCAUGCACUGAAAUGCAGUGAAAGAGUUUUUCUUUUUCUUUUCCUUUGGUUUUCUAGAGGGAACAAUAGUAAUAAUUAUAGUAAUAAUAAUGAUGAUAAUAAUAAUGUUCUGCUGCACCAAGUGACCAUACUCUCUCCACUACUGAGGUACAAAUACAAUUUAUUUAUUUACUUAUUUCAGCAUUUUCUUUUCUUUUUUUAUCUGUUGUAUGUUUAUACAUGAUUUGAUAAUAAUGAAUGAUACCGUUAAUUUAUUUUAAUUUCUUUAUAUUUAUGUAGAAUAGUUGCCAACCUCUUUCUAUCAGUAAAGGCCAAAGCAUUUGUCACUUUUUUAGUACUACUUUUCCUACUAAGUUCAUUUUUUUUCUUUUCUUAUUAAGGUUACUGCAUGCAAAAAAAAAGAAAUCUAUGCCAACAUCAUGAAAUGUUAUUAUUUUUGCCAAAUUCCUAGGGAUAGCACCUGAGGGCAAUAUUUUUUCUCUAGAAGCCUCCUUAGGACUCUUUAAAAGCAAUAAUCACCUAAUGCAUGGUAUUUUAUGAUGAAGUUAUGAAGUAUUACCAUACUGUAUAGCAGUUAAAAUCAGGUAUGUUUUACUUCACCUAUAGUCACGAACAGAAUAAUACUAAUAUUAAAAACAUCAGGGAACAUGCCAAUGUAGUGUUAGACAAACAAAAAGAAAAGUCCUGUCUUUCCUCUCUUCUUAUGCACUGGCUGCCUCUUAGUGAGUAGACCUAAUGUAGGAUGUAGGCUAGAGAGGCCGGGAUCAGCUGCCUGCUGGGUGCGAGGCCUAUUGUAGGACCCUAACCCUGACAGGCCCGUGCUUGGCUAAUUCCAGCAUGAAAUAAGUCUGCUAACAAUUACGUGGGGAGGCCUUAGGCCUCUCAACAUUUUACUCAGAUUGGGUUAUCGGCCAUUCAUGGGAGUUCAAUGGUUAAUAAAGGGUCUGGGGCGUUAAAAUGGGACCUGUUGAUCUUCUUUGUUUUGGAGGAAAAUAACAAUAGGCCUUUGCUAUACUUUACUAUACCUUUUAAUAAAAGGAAUGUGUUUGUGCUGAUACCAAGAAAAUAUGAAAUAAGGUUUAUAGAGCAAUCAGAUCAAACAACUUUACAAUCAUCUGAAAACAAAAGUAAGCAUACAAUACCUAGCCACUCACAGUAUGAUUUCAAUAGAGAAACAAGUGAAAAUUUGGUCCAUUGUUGAAGUUGGACCAGUUUCAACUUUAAAUGCAAUGCAUUAUUUAACUACCCUUCCAGUGCACUUCCAAACCAUAAAGCGUGCAUCUCAAACACAGAAAAAGCAUGCACUUUAGCCGGACGGUCCUAUCUCAGCUUAACUGUUAUAGCCCGAUAGAUACAUUAGGCCGAGUCCUCAUUCGUCUGUAGUAGGACCCAUUUGGGCCUACUGGGUCGACCGUGGGAAACCUCUACCAGUGAUGCAUCCACCGACAGGCUUCUCUCAUCAAUCCCAUCCCACACAGGGUUAAACUUUUAGUCUAGGUGGCCGAUACCAGUGUUGCUGAACCCAGUUCUCUGCAGCUCAGAAACCGUUUCCACAGACUCAUGGAGCUUCCUGAGAGACAGACUGACACAGAUCUGCACAACACACGGAGUGUUUGUUCAUUUGCCAUAUGUUUUCAUUGUAGCUUUGAAUACAAAACACUGGGCACAGUCGCAGAAUAUACCGCCGAAGAAUAUACACACAAGCUGCUGCUGAUGAGCUUUUGUGAGGCUACAACAGUCAGGCUUCCAACAAUUGAAAAUAAACUGGUUUAAUAUUCAGAUGUGAAUCCCUGACAAAAGGAAGGUUUUGAAGAUCGCAAUGCAUCCUCAUGAGAGACUUCUGAUAUCCGACACUUCAGGGUUUCAGCGACAGAAGAAGUCUGCUCUGAUACACAGAGAAUUAUCUAAUUUCACAUAGAUCUCGGAGAUAAAGUUAAAGAACCGGUUGGAAAUCAAAGGUCGUCAGAUCUUUUCUGGAUUCAAAAAGUCAACAUAUUGCUUUCAAGCCUUGUGUUGAGUCGAUACAAUCUUUCACGAAGAAGCUUUUUUUGAGACUGACUGUUGUGACUGGAGCAACAGCAGCAUGUGAGUCAGCGCAUUGCAGCUCCUAUCUCUCUUUCUGAUAUGAGAACUAGAUUUGAGCUGAAAUAUCUUGAAUUGUAUCAGUCAAUUAGUCACAGAGAUUCAACCAAGCCUAAACAUUUUUUUUGUUUUUUCAGCAGUGAAUUUAAGCUCUCGGCUAAAAUACUCAAAACUACACAUAUGAGUUGGUAAAAAACAUUUAAAAUGUCUCCUUUAACACGUGUUCUACACAAAUCCAAUCACAGAUAAAAAACACAAAGCAUUGCAAUAUUUAAAAACCCAUUUCGGAGCCAUUGACCCAUUGCAGAGACAUAAAUGAGAAUAUGUAAAUCGUAUUAUCACUUCUAUUUGAAUGUGAACAAAACCGUAACAACACAAUUUAUACAACCAACACUGAGGGUCUUUCUGACUGAUUCUCUGUUAAUAAAUUACAAAUUGUAUUACUGCGUUUUAAAACUCUCUGCACCUUUGCACUGCGGUCUAAACGUCUUUAGGGUAUCUGGCGGUCUGCUGGUUUUGAGACAGAAGAGCCGUGUGUGUGUGUGUGUGUGUGACUGACUGUGUGUCUGUCUCCGGGUGAGCUCCAGGUCCGUUGUCUCCUAGCACUUCCAUUCCAGUCAUCUCCAACUUAAAGAAAGUAGCACAAUGAAACUAGAAUUCAGGUAGAGACGAAUUAAAAACCUUGUACUAGCUUGACUUCUCUUCUUUUUUUGUAUUUCCGAGUUAAAGGAUGAUGAUAACCUAAACAAUUAUUUAUUGCAGGAGGGUUUGUAAAGAAUCCUUUGGAUUGAGACGUUUUUACUGCUGUAUAGUGAUAUCUAACACACCUUCUUCUCAAGAGGUUUGGCUCUCUGGUGCAGAGACACAAACUCCUUGGUUUUUUGAGCCACAAUUCAGACAAUGUAAGCACAAUGAACACAAAGCAUUUUGUGGCACUUCAUAAUAAAGAAUAAUCUUAACCAACAA